AUGAAGGAGUUUAAUUGUUCAAAGUCUGGGUUUAAAAGGGUUUUAAGAAAUGGAAGUUAUUUAAAAGUUGAUGUACGGACAGGUUGUCGUGCAUCUGUUCAAUUUGAUUUAGAUGGGAAUGGGAUGUGGACUGUGACAAAGCACCAGAAGCUUCAUAAUCAUGAGUUUGUUCCAACGACCAAGAGUUAUCUUCUACGGUCACAUAGAUCAGUGUCUAGAAAUCAUCUUUCCUACAUAAAGGAUUUGAAGAAGAGCGGUGUUUGUGUGGCUGAUAGUUUACGGUUUCUUAAAACACAAUCAGGGGGGUCACCACUCGUUGGUUUUACAAGCAGGGAUGCAUAUAACUCGCUGUGCACUGAUGUAUUGAACAAUUUGGAUGGAACCGACUCAAACACAUUAAUUGAAAUAUUUAGACAAAGGCAGUCAAGUGAAAAGGAUUUUUUCUUUGAUUUCGAAGUGGAUGAUGAGUCAAGUUUGUGCAGCUUUUUUUGGAGAGAUGGGAAAAUGAUGCGAGACUAUGAAUUGUUUGGAGAUUUGUUAGUUCACGAUACGACGUAUCGUACUAACAAAUAUGAUAUGAUUUGUGGUCCAUUCGUUGGUAUGAACCAUCACUGUAUGAACGUCAUGUUUGGAUGUGGUUUUUUGUUGAACGAGAGGAUUGAGUCGUUCGUAUGGUUGUUUAGGUCAUUUUUAAGAUCAAUGAAUGGGAAAAGUCCCCAAAGUAUAAUGACCGAUCAAUGCGCUGACAUGGCUGCUGCUAUUUCCCAAGUUUUUCCAACCUCAAGACAUCGCCUAUGUAUAUGGCAUAUCGGUGAGAAUUCAAAGAAGCACAUCAAGGGACUAAGAAAUCAAAAAGAUUUUCUAGACAUAUUCAAUUGUCUGUUGAAACAUACUGAUACGGAGGCAGAGUUUGAGCUUUAUUGGACAAGAGAAAAAUGGUGCCCUGCAUUUAACAAAGAUUAUUUUUCUGGUGAUAUUUUAUCUUCACAAAGGAGUGAAACCACAAAUCACUCUAUUUCUAGAAGGUUAUCCAAGACUGCUGGGCUAUGUGAUUUCUAUAGCUCAUUUGUUGGUGUUGUUUCGGAGUGGAGGAGUAGAGAGAACGGGGAAGAUGUCCGGUGUUCCCAAGGUGUACCUACAAUGGCUAUGGAUCACAUUAAGAUUCUUUCACACGCUAGGGAUAUUUAUACGAUUGAGAUAUAUUACUUGUUCGAAGAGCAGUUUUUGAAAGGGGCAUCAUGCUAUCAAGAGUGUGUUCAAUUUGAAGGUGGUGUGUAUAAGUAUCACAUCUGGAGGCCGGAGGUUGAUAUUAUUAGGCAUGAAGUGAUUUUUAACGUUAGAGAGUUAGAUAUUUGGUGCAGUUGCAAGCUGUUCACUGAAACCGGGAUCUUAUGCUGUCACUGUUUACGCAUUUUAAACGUGCAUUGUGUGUCUGAAGUUCCAAAUAAAUAUAUUCUGAAGAGAUGGACUAAAAGAGUUUUGGAAGACGAGAAUGCUGGUAUUAUCCCCCCAUCUCAGUGCUUUAAUGUUCCCUCUUCUGUUUGGACUUUAGAGAUCACUAGGAAAUUUCAGAAGUUGGUUGUUUAUUGCCAAGAAAACAGCGAAGCACGCAAAAUUUUUGAGCAAGCAGCGUUAGAUGCCAAGAGAAAAGUUGAACAUGAGUAUGGCCCUAUUUUCUUCGAAGGUGAAGACUAUGAUGUGGAAUCGUCGAGCGGUGUUAUAAAGGAUCCAUCAAACAGGCGGUUGAAAGGGGUACGCAAUAGGAGGGUGACUAGUGUGAUUGAAAAAGAAAUACAAGAGAGCAAGGGGUCGAAAGCAGCUUGCUCAUAUAGCUGCAUCUAA